GGGAGGGAGCCAGGAGUUCUUCGCUAGGUGUGCGUGCGGCUCUCUGUGGCUCGGGAGGUUGUUCUGUGUCUGUCUUGGCCGUUCUCAUCUCACCGGUGCAGAGGACUUCAGGGUUUUCGGCCACUUUCCAGUCCCUUUACGUUGCUGGUUCGGAGUGCCACCUUUGAGAAAGGGCGCCCAUCCAUCCCGGCGGGGAAGACCAAAGACUAGUUUGUAGGAAAACCAAAUAGAAGCCAUGUUUCGAAGACCUGUAUUACAGGUGUUUCACCAGUUUGUAAGACGUGAGUCUGAAAUAGCUAGCAGCUUGGUUCUUGAAAGAUCUCUGAACCGUGUGCAGCUGCUUGGGCGAGUGGGUCAGGACCCCGUCAUGAGACAGGUGGAAGGGAAAAACCCAGUCACGAUAUUUUCUCUAGCGACAAAUGAGAUGUGGCGGUCUGGGGAGAGUGAAGCCUACCAGAUGGGUGAUGUCAGUCAAAAGACAACAUGGCACAGAAUAUCAGUAUUCCGCCCAGGCCUCAGAGAUGUGGCGUAUCAGUAUGUGAAAAAGGGGUCCCGAAUUUAUGUAGAAGGGAAAGUAGACUAUGGUGAAUACACAGAUAAGAAUAACGUGAGGCGGCAAGCAACAACGAUCAUAGCUGAUAACAUUAUAUUUCUGAGUGACCAGACCAAAGAGAAGGCGUAGCAUGGACGAUUCUCCUUUGGCCAUUGUUUGGUACAGUCUCAUUUCCAAAUCAUGUAUAGUCUUUAUAGUUCCUAAGGACGAGAAUUAAAAUAUUCUUUUAUAUAAAA